UACAUCUUCCACGUUCUUACGAGCAGUAUGUUUCAAAUUUCUAUCAUUCUUGUCAGUGUUGUUUUGUUGACUGAUUGUAAAGCCACUGGAAAUGAUACAGAAGCCACUGGAAAUGAUAAAGAAGCAACUGAAUUUUAUAUAGAAGCCAGUGGAAAUGGUGCAGAAGCCAGUGACAUUGAAGUUCUUGUUAAACAAGUCGAAGAUUUAAAAACUAAAUUGAAAAAUUUAAGUGAUUACGUUACAAAAGACCAAGAUGUGCUUUACGUUACAUUGUCAGAGAGUAUGAAAGAUGUCAGUAAUGAGGUGACUGUUAUUUUUGACAGACCGCAGAUAAACCCCGGAAAUCAUUAUAAUCCGAAUGAUGGAAUAUACAUCGCACCUUUCUCUGGACAAGUCAUGGUUUUCUGGACAAUUGGCACUAACGAGACCGCAAGAACAGAACUCAUGGUUGAAGAUAAAGUUGUCGGUACUUUGAUGACUGCUGCUAGUUCUGUCACAACCAACAAUAGAUAUGGCAGUUCCAAAACUGUGAAAGAAUCUACAUCAUCGACCGUGGCUGUGACCGAUGUUCAAAAGGGAAACCAUAUAUUUCUGAGAACUGCAUCACAUGAUAAUCACAUUCUCAAAACUCUCUCAUCCUUAUUGAUAAGACGUACGCUUUAAAUACAGGAAAUGAGUCAAACAUUCUACAUUGCAUUCAGGCAAUUUGUAUUAACAAUUGCGUCUCUAACCAAUUUUAUCCUCAAACGUUUCAGCUAUGUUUUCGAUCACGAAUUAAUAUCAAGUGUUCGGGGUUUUUUUUCUUUCUAUGACUCCUCGUGACAGAUUAUCAUAUUAUUUAGUUGUUAAAACAGUUAGUUUUGCGCCUGUCCCAAGUCCGGAGCCCCUGGUCUUUGUUAGUCUUGUACUUUUUUAAUUUUAGUUUCUUGUGUACAAUUUGGAAAUUAGUAUGGCGUUCAUUAUCACUGAACUAUUAUAUAUUUGUUUAGGGGCCAGCUAAAGGACGCCUCCGGGUGCGGGAAUUUCUCGCUACAUUGAAGACCUGUUGGUGACCUUCUGCUGUUGCUUUUUCUAUGGUCGGGUUGUUGUCUCUUUGACACAGUCCCCAUUUCCAUUCCCAAUUUUAGUAUUUGAGAUACUCUGAACAAACUAAGUUUUCAGAGGUCAACAUUGAUUGAAUGAUACAUGGGAGAUAUUUACGUCGCUUACUAGUACUUAUAUCGUUUUUU